GAUGAGGUCGUGGACGCUCCUAGUGCUGACGGCGGCGCUGACGGCGGCGUCGGGCGAGAAGCUGGGGAACAUCGAGGUCAUCACGAGAGGCGAGCUCGGCCAGAGCCUCGACCCUCCAGCUGGAGGAAGCAGCCUGCUACUCCCCCUCGCUGGCCCUGUACAAGACGAUGUUCCCCCGCCUCUGAGUUACCUGCCCCCGGUCCAGACACCUCUUCCGAUCGAGCCUACCCCAGUGCCCCUACCUACCCCUAUUCAGCCUGAAACCGACUACCUGCCCCCUGUGCCAUCGCCCGUGGGACAGCCUGAGGUGGAAACACCCACAGGCCUGUAUAACCCGCCCUCAGCCUCCGUCCCCGACACUAAUUUCCCCAUCGGAACAGACGACUACAACAUCGACUACAACGACUCGGGGGAGAGCGGCCAGGACUUCCUCUCGGGUAUCCAGGACUCGAAGCUAGCACUCCUCGGGAGUCUGGCGGGAGCUAAAGCCUCUCUCUUCCAGGGCCUCCGGAAAGCCAAGUCCUCCAUCGCGACAGGGGUAAGUGGCGCUCUGCUGUCCAAGGGCGCUGGCUUCAGUAGCCUCUCGCAGACGGGAAGCGGGGGAAGCUAUGGAAGCGGUUUUGACAGCAGCUAUGACACUAACUAUGGCACCAACUAUGGCACCAACUCCAGGCCGGUGAGCAGGCCUUACCCAACGGACCCCUACCCAAUCUACCCUCCGUACCCACAGCCACAGCCUCAUCCAGUCUACCCCAUCCCCGUGUACCCCGUCUACAGACCUAAGCCCAAUCCCUUCGCCGCCUUCAAGGCCAAGGUGGGGCGCAUAGUGCAGGCCAAGAAGCUAGCAGCCGCCCUCAAGCACGCAGCCUACAAGCAAAGUAUCGAGGAGAAGUACCAACCGACCUACCCGACUUAUCCUUCUUACCCGACCUACCCGACUUACCCGACUUACCCGACUUAUCCCGAACACUCGACCCACGGCCACGGCGGCGCGCAGAAGGGAAAGUUCUUCGGCUUCCAAAGUUUCAAGGGUCCUCGUCCCGGUUAUCAUCACGGUGGAUGGUAGAGAAGACGGUGCUGCCAUCUACACGGUGAAAGCAACGGCGAAGUUUCUCUGGGAAAUUGUUAUAGAUUUACAAAUAGGUUUAGUCGUAAAAACUAAAGUAACUAUUUUCAUAUUUGUAUAUUUGUCCGUUUUUUUAAAUGAUAUUAAUAAUAAUGUAGUGUUAUUGUGUGGAAGUAUUUUUUUUUUUUAUCUCAUGUAGACUAGACAAAGAGAUGACAUAAAUCCCUAAAAUUGAAAAAUGAAUAUAUACAUAAAUCUCACAAUGCUGUUUUUAAAUAGAAGAUAAAAUAUGAAUAAAAGUUAUUGUAAGAAUAUGUUCUCUCUCUUUUUAAGUGAAAAUCAAGAGACAAUUAUAUUAUAAUUUACCAAAAUAUUAUCUAAAAAUUUAGUUUUGAGCUAAAUGAGAUUCAAGUUUUCCAGCUAUUUUAAAAAGCCUUAUACCUGGGCUUUAACCGUUUCUUAAGUUAUUUACGUGUAAUAUUUACAAAUGUCAUUCUCUUGUGUUUGACGUCAUUUCGGCAUAAUGAAAAUAAAGUAAUAUAGCUAU